GUCGAGCGCCCAGUCGAGCGCGCCCGCGCCCGGGUGUCUCUGUCUGUGUGGGCGGGUAGGCGCACGGCUGGAGGGCAACGAAGUCCUCGCGGGCCCCUGACAGGCGACAGCGCGCGGGGCUUCCUUUUUUCGCUCGGCUUUUCGCCCCCGACGAAGAGCCAAGGCUCGGGCAGCUGCUUCCUCCAGCUGCGCUUUUCACCCGCGACCACGGACAGCCUUUGCGCUGACAUGGCGCUCUUUUGACCGGGACUUCUCCGCCACGACCGUCCUGCUUCUCCUUCCUUUUCAAACUGCGCUGGUCCCCGGGAGGGCCUCGAUCCGAGUUCCUCCUUCCUUUCCUCGACGAAGGCCAUCGGGAAUACCGUUCCCGAGUGUAAGCUCUCAGAAUGGCAGAUGAGAAUACUUAUCUCUUGGGGAUGGGAGAUCAUCAGGUGUAUACAAUGGAACAUUUUCCCUUGGGGAUGAAUCAGCUGUACAAUAACACAAGCAUGAUUGCAACUGAUCUGCCACUUCGCACAACUGAUGGGCCAUAUCUUCAAAUAGUUGAGCAACCUAAACAGAGGGGGUUUCGUUUCCGCUAUGUUUGUGAAGGGCCAUCACACGGUGGACUUCCUGGAGCUUCUAGCGAAAAGAACAAGAAGUCUUAUCCCCAAGUUAAAAUCUGCAAUUAUGCUGGACCUGCAAAAGUAAUAGUGCAGUUAGUCACAAAUGGAAAACAUGUCCACUUGCAUGCUCACAGCUUGGUGGGAAAACACUGUGAGCAGGGAGUAUGCACAGUAAAUGCAGGACCAAAAGAUAUGGUAGUGGGGUUUCCAAACCUGGGAAUAUUACAUGUAACAAAGAAAAGAGUAUUAGAUACACUGGAAACCCGCAUGAUUGAUGCAUGUAAAAAAGGGUACAAUCCAGGACUCCUGGUUCAUCCUGAUCUCAACUAUAUACAAGUAGAAGGCGGAGGGGAGCGGCAGCUAACAGAGCGAGAACGAGAAAUCAUUCAUCAGGCAGCACUUCAGCAGACGAAAGAGAUGGAUCUCAGUGUCGUGAGGCUCAUGUUCACUGCGUUCCUUCCUGAUAGCACUGGCAGCUUUACAAGAAGACUUCAGCCUGUCUUGUCUGACCCUAUAUAUGAUAGCAAAGCUCCCAAUGCAUCCAAUUUAAAAAUUGUACGGAUGGAUCGGACUGCAGGCUGUGUGACAGGAGGAGAAGAGAUUUAUCUUCUUUGCGACAAAGUCCAAAAAGAUGAUAUUCAGAUCCGUUUUUAUGAAGAAGAUGAAAACGGUGGUGUCUGGGAAGGUUUCGGAGACUUUUCACCUACUGAUGUGCACAGACAGUUCGCAAUAGUAUUCAAAACACCAAAGUAUCGAGAUGUCAAUAUCACGAAACCAGCAUCUGUUUUUGUUCAGUUACGGCGAAAAUCAGAUCUGGAGACGAGCGAACCAAAGCCUUUUCUGUACUAUCCUGAAAUCAAAGAUAAAGAAGAAGUGCAAAGGAAACGACAGAAGCUUAUGCCAAACUUCUCUGAUAGUUAUGGUGGAAGUGGCGCAGGUGCUGGAGGAGGUGGAAUGUAUGGAGGAGUAGGAGGAGGUGGUGGUAGUGCUGGAUCAGGAUAUGGGUACCCACCAUAUGGGUUUUCUGGUUAUGGAACAAUGCAUUUCCAUUCCAGCACAAACAAGACUGGUGCAGGAAUGAAACAUGGAUUCUCAAAUGGCAUGCCUAAAAGGGAAAAUCAAAUGUGCUGCAACAAAAUACACAACAAGAAAUUCAAGGAAAAAAUAGAGAUUGAAGAUAAAAGCAAAUCCAGCACUGGCUCAGUUUCUGAGAUGGAAGAAUAUGCUGAUGCCAACAUUCAUUUACAAGAUGCCUUCUUUUUGGAAAAAGCCCUGGAACUUGCUAAGCGACAUGCUAAUGCCCUUUUUGACUAUGCAGUCACAGGAGAUGUGAAGAUGCUUCUGGCAGUACAGCGCCACCUUACAACUGUUCAGGAUGAAAAUGGUGACAAUGUCCUUCACUUGGCAAUUAUUCACCUUCACACGGAACUGGUAAAGAACCUUUUAGAAGUAAUAACAGAUAUGAAUGCUGCUGAUGUUCUCAAUGUCAGAAAUGAUCUUUAUCAGACUCCUUUACACUUGGCUGUUAUAACAAGGCAGGCAGGAGUUAUGAAAGACCUACUCAGGGCUGGGGCCGAUGUGAACCUCUUGGAUCGCCAUGGGAAUUCUGUCUUCCAUUUGGCAGCUCAGCAAGGGGAUGAGAUGGUGUUAAGUAUGUUGCUUAACCACAAAGAGGCAUCUAUGAUGAGAGACCUUCCUAAUGGGGACGGCCUGACAAUCCUUCAUCUAGCUGUGAUGGCAAACAGUAUGCCAUGCCUCAGACAAAUCCUUGCUGCUGGUGCUGAUGUCAAUGUCCAGGAACAGAAAUCUGGGAGGACAGCCUUGCACCUGGCUGUUGAACAAGGAAAUAUCUCCAUGGCAGGUUGCCUUCUACUUGAGGGAGAUGCAUUUGUUGACAGCAUUACUUAUGAUGGAACCACUCCACUUCAUAUAGCAGCUGGAAGGGGAUCUGCAAAAUUGGCAGCUCUUCUCAAAGCAGCAGGUGCAGAUCCCCACAUUGAAAACUUUGAGCCAUUGUUUGAAGAAGAAGAUAUGAAAGAUGGUGAAGGAAUUAUACCUGGGACAACACCUCUGGAUAUGGCGACGAGCUGGGAGGUGUAUGACAUCUUGAAUAGCAAACUCUGUAAGUCAAAGGCAGCUUCUGAGGAUCUACUGAUUCAAGGCAAUAUGAAAGACCUAAAUGAGGAUGUCAAGUUAGAGCUGUACAAAUUGCUUGAAGUUCCUGAUCUGAAUAAAAAUUGGUCCAUGUUGGCACAAAAGCUAGGCCUAGGGAUACUAAACAAUGCCUUUCGGUUGAGCCCUUCUCCAUCAAAAACUCUACUGGAUAAUUAUGAGGUUUCUGGUGGAACAGUAAAAGAGUUGGUUGAUGCCCUGAGAGAAAUGGAUUAUCCAGAAGCUGCUGAAAUAAUUGAGAAAACAACUAUUUCAUCAAGCCAGUCUAGCCAGGAGAAAACCAAAAAUGUCGGGCUUCCAUUAUGUGACUUACCUUCUCCCAGGACAGCACAAGCAGAUGAAAGAUGUAAUUUCAGAUUCCAGGAUGCUGAAAGCAUUUGUGACAGUGGAGUAGAGAUCUCUCUUCACAAACUUAGCUUUACAUAUUCUGAAUCUUUUACCAACAAGACACCAGUAAACCUUAAAAAAAUGGCUUCAGGCUAUGUACAGGACAACUCGUUACAAGGCAAAAUUGAAGUAACUUAAAAAUAUGGUAUUGCUAUGAAAAUUCU